GAAUGACAAUGACAUUAAAAAAAAAACAAUGACAAGUUUGUUGGCGAACGUCCACGAAGGCGCUGAAGUUCAAUUCUCAUCGGGAAAGUUUCAUUUAGUUUCUGGAAAAUAUAAAUAUUACCAUUAUUUAUGCGAUGGAUUUGAUGAUAGGUUGAUUAUUUUCCAGGGCUGGGGAUGUGGAUAUAGAACAUUACAAACAGUAUGCUCCUGGAUAAACCAGUAUUACCAGAAAAAUGUUGAGGUUCCAUCUAUUAGACAGAUUCAAGAGAUUUUGGUUGACCUAGAAGACAAACCUAGAUCAUUUUUAGGUUCUAGGCAAUGGAUUGGCAGUUUUGAGGUGUGCUUAGUGAUAGACAAGCUAUACGACAUUCCAAGUAAAAUAAUCCAUGUAAACAAAGGAGAUAACUUAAGCACCAUAGUGGACACCUUGAAGACCCAUUUUGAGAAGUUCGGAAGCCCCAUUAUGAUGGGCGGAGAUAUUGACUGCUCUUCUAAGGGCAUUAUGGGAAUCCAUAUUGACAAAUCUGAAGCCAGUCUUUUGAUUGUGGAUCCACACUAUGUGGGAAAGGAGCAGACCAAGGAAUUCCUUCAGAACAAGGGCUGGGUGAAAUGGCAGCCGCUCAAAGACUUCUUGAGCUCCUCUUUCUAUAAUCUAUGCCUGCCACAAGCUAAGUCUUAAACCAUUAUCAAAUUUUUAUUUAUAAAUAAAACAUAAUUUGCGAAA